CGAAUGGCCGCGCUGAUGAAAGUUGCAUGAGAUGGAAGGAAGGCCAUCCCCGAUCAGGUGCGCAAAACGUGCUGGAAAGCGGCUCUGUGCCGCCAAAUAUGGCCGCCACUAUUAAUAACAAUAAACUGAAUGUGGCGAUAAUAGUGUUACAAGAAGAGAAGAGCCCAGUGUGGUUUCAAAAUGCCAGAGCAAAGUGGCGGCGGAUGAUGCUGAAGCAAGAAGGCAAGUCUGGCGAGAAGUGUUCCGGGUCAGAAAGUAUGAGUGACAUGGACAUGUAUCCACAUGGACCAGCUUCAAUGGGCAGUACAAUCUCGAUGAACCCACACAGUCCUUUCAUGAUGCCCCAGGGCAGCCCCUCGUCGAUGGACUGCUCGUGAGACUAGAUUCUAGAGGGUGAUCUGAAAUGAUGGGAGAAGUUCCGUAAAGGGCACAAGGGAGCAACAAAAAAAAAACAGCACCAAGUGCUGAGUGAGACAAUUGCCUAUCGUAUGCUCUGGUUGCUAAGCAUUUUAUCUGUGAUUGUUUUGAACGCAGUAAACGGUUGUGAGGAAAUUAUGAUUUAUCAGAGUUCACUCAAUCGAUAAAGGAACCGCUUCAAUUCAGGUAACCACGGAACUUUUUCGUUCAAUAAUAUCACAUGAUUUUUUUAAGAAUAUCUAAUUUGAUCUAACUAGAUACAUCAAAUGUGGCACUAGUAGUCUAUACUGCAUCCAGAUCCAUUAUAAGAUAUAAGCACAGUCAUGCACCUUGAGGAAGCUGACAGGGUCGUAUUCAGAACCAUCUAUUGCACUGAUUGAAUGAUGCCAACUUCUUGUCGUUUGCAGAUGCUACCCUUAUGGAACAUUCUCCUAAUUACUUGGAUUAGGCAAGAAUGUGCAUACGUGUUUCCCCACUAGAGUGAGCGUGACGUUUCUCCCUCACCCCCGCAUCCCUAUAUAGCCCCACGGUACCCACGGGUAUAUAGGUCUUAAGCCUGCGUGGUGGCUCAAGUAUAAAGUAUAACUGACUGAAAUAUAUUAACGAGCCAUUUUUUUACAAGAAAAAAUGCUGCGAAUAUACAUGUACAUUAUGUAGUGAAAAUAUUUUCAAUAAUGUCUACAAUAUUGUAUCACACAGGCCGCACGAAUGACUGAUGCUGCUCCUGGUGGACUAAGCCGAUAUGGAAUUCACCCAUAGGCGCUGUCCUGAUGAUCUGAUGUACCGAGUGAUGACGUGAGCGUGUUUGUUAUGCUUCAUACUUCUAUAUUGGAUUUGGGUAUGGUAUUAGUAGCAUCCAUAAUAUGUCCAAAAGAUGCAGAAAUGGUAGUUCAGUAAAAAACCAAGUCAAGACAUUGUAUUGGCAUUGAAAUUUCAAUUUUUUAGGAUAAUAAUAAUUUUAAUUAAAUUGAACUAAGAAAAUUGCUUCUCAACAAAUAUUCUUUAGUGAUAUUAGCUUCUAUCGUGACCUUCGGUUAUAAACAAAAACUUACUCAUGACUCUCUUUAGAAUCAUCAAUAGCAUCCAGGAUAUAUGGGAAGAUGAGUGGAAAUAUGACAAACAUACAUUUCAAAGUCCAAACGGCAAAUAAUCAGCAUGAACAAAAAUCGAAACUGUAUGAUAUUCUGCUUUCUAACCGAAAACGGAUAAAUCUGCUUAUGAGCAUAUAGAGACUUCACGUUUUUGUUGCUCCUUUGCACUUCAGAUUGUUUUGAAAAAUGAAACCGAAAUGUUUAUAUUUUUUUGGUGUGGCAAAUAUUAUGUGAUGGACCUCUUUUUAUAUAAUUUUCGAGAAUUUCUAAGAUGAAAAGUAUUAUCGGGGUUGGCUGAUAGAAUAUUUUGUGUACACGAAUUUGUUCUCACAUCACAAGCUAUUUUGAGUUAUACUCAGACAUCUUUUUAUUUUUCAAAAACACUUUUAUUACAUGAAACCGAUACCAGUGAUACGUACUUAUACUUUCCAUAUCUGAUCCCAGAUUUGUUAAACAACAAUGUGUUAGGCCAAGUAAAUGAUCCCAGAGUUUCUUAGCAAGCUAUACACCAACCAAAAACUUUGAAGCUGCAUUCCAACCUAUUACGUCUAACGUGUAACGGACUAGUUAUCCGAAUGGAGAUUUUGACCUCUCUAGAUCGAUAGAUAACAUGAUAACUGGAGAAUUCAAAUCUUUGAUUGUCUCUGUGUAUCCUGUGCCAUCUUAUAAAGACUAUCAGUAGUUGUUUGUUAGUCUAAACACAAGACUUUUGUAACAAGAAACACCUGUUACGUAAGAAAAUCUCAUUCUCCAGCAAUGGUCUACAUCUAGUACGUCAGGAUAAAUGUCACUAGAAAUGGUUUUUCGAUUCUGUUAGCGCAGCUACUGUAUUCCUGUGUGCUGGCUAAUGCGAUUAAUAAAGAAUGAGGUGGGGAAGUGUGCCAAUUGUAAAGCCUCCCUAGGUUUCGGUCAAUUUCUGUGCAUCUAUAGUUUAUAGUUCUCUCUAUAGUUUGUUAACCGAAGUUACGGCUCAUCAGCAUCCACUUGACCUUUUACGGAAACUAAUGAAGGGUUAUUAACGAAAAGCUCAGACAUGACUUUGAUUGCGUUAUUCUCUAACGGCGGGGGAGACGCAUCAAGCUGCUGAUGAAAACUAUACUUUCCCUUGCCCUCUUAAUAAAUACAAUAAACAAAAAAUACAUAAACAUUUGUUUAAAUAUGUUG